AUGCCCGGCGUCGAGGUCCAAUUGCCAUCCAUUGGUGAUUCGUUACUGGCUCACCAUCCUAGUACCGUCAAUGACAUUCACCAGCCAUGUUUCGAGAAUACUAAUUAUCACUCAACACUCUCUACAGCUUCUGUCCUCUCCCACACCUCACGACCCAGACGAUCGCACGGGUCCUUGUCAUUCCUUUCUUCCUCCGGUUGCCGGUCGGACUUCCUGGAUCUUCCACUCCCAUCUUCUCGACGAGCAAUGGAUCGAGCCACUGUAAAUAUCUCGCCGUUUCGAUCUGUUCGUCAGAUGAAGGAGCCUUUUCAACUGAAACUUCCAAGCUCUCCUUCAUUCGACCCUGGUCAUUUCCAGCCUGUCUCAAACAGAGACUCAAAAGAAAACAAGCCCCAAACACGAACUCUCCAAUCACCUAUCGGUCUACGUCCUCUUCGAAGUUGUCGAUCCGAUCAAAACCUAGUUGCCGGGGCGCUCCAAACAUUUGGACUUCUACCCAGUCCUAGUCUGUCAGAUUCUCGGAUUAUGGCGAAGGUUGAACGGACCGAGCCUGUCAUACAGGACGAGCCCUCAGUUACGAAAUGCACCUGCUCAUUAAAUAAUGAGCGGUGCGGGGUUUGCAUUAUUGAAACGUAUGGAUCAGAAAGAAAGCCUCCUACAGACCCCGAAGACGCACCUAAUGCCGCCGACACGGAAAAAAUAGCUCGAGUACACGAAGAACUCUUCCCUCCUCCAGGAUUUAUUGACCCAAAGUCUACUCCACAUUUAGGCUCUACAGUGGUGAAACCGUCGCCAAGUUCCUCCACUAGCAGCAACAAGAAGCGCACGAGAACAGCUACUGUCUCCAGUGCAACGAGUUGGGUACCUGGGGAUUUAUCGUACUGCGAGUCUUGGUUGCAAAGAGUACCCUUAGAGACUCCAGAACGCAAUGAUGAAAAGGCUCGAGAAGCCAAUAGGCGAAAGUUCCAGAUAAUACAACAAAUCGAUGAGCCUUUAUCUAGUGGAAACAGAAGCCAAAGUCGAAGGCCAGUUGAUCUGAGUAUUGAUACAAAUGCAGCAAACAAUUUAGUAAGGCUUGCUGUAGCCAGUAAAACAAAGCCAAAACUCGUUGAUAUCUCUCGACCUUCAUCAUCAGGCACAACAUUUUCGGUGCCAAUCCAUCCUCCUCCGUCGUGGAGGCGACCAUCGACCCCAGAGCAACGCAGCAUUAAUGAAAUAUCGGCAUUUAGUCCAGACACACCGCAGGAUAUUCCCGAUAGUGGUUAUGUCACUCAGCAAUUCAAUCGUUCAUCUGAGGAGAGCCAUGAAUACCAUGAUGAUGACUAUGUCGACGGCUCAAUGGACACCCGUGUAACUUCGGACCCACCUGGAAAUUUAUCUUUUGCUAUUGACGUGUUCUCGGGGAAAAUCCAGUCUAAGAAUGGAUACGUCUCGUGCUACAAGAGGCAAUAUGCUCCCACUUAUGCACGGAAAGAGGGACCACGUACUCCUCCAGCCGUAUCGCCCAGGACCAUCGAACAAGAAAGCCUGGAAAAAUGGUGGGAUUACGAAUGGACACUUGAUCAACUCGAGUCUUCUAUCAAGGAAUUUCCGAAGCAGUCUCUUCGUCUCACGUCACCCGUCAUUAUUCUGAUAAGAACAAAUCAAGAAAAAGCAUUGCUACGGCCAUUCAGGAAGGUUUUCCCCGGCGCGCCAGACAAUUUAAUCGAUUACCUAUGCGCCGCCUUGAUUGCGAAGAAUUAUCUAGUCUCCAUGGCUUCAACACAUCACAGACUAAACAGCUCCAUGACUCCACCACUAUCACAAGUGCCGAAUAACCUCUCAAAACUCGACAGUGUACCGGAAAAGGCACGGGCUACAUUGGGCAUUGCACUGCCCACUUCAUCAAAGUUUCAAGUCACCGAUCGACUCAUAGGCACACGAAGUGUCGAACUUCAAAAGGGUCUCGACCGCAUUGUGGAUAAAUUACUGUACUCAAUCUGUGGUCGACAGGACGAGACCUUGAAAGCAUCUGUAACAGUGCUGGCACAAGUGCUCGAAGCCAAAGCAUGA